CAAAUGUGCAAUACCAAGAUGUCCUCCCUUACGGAUGCGUCUUCUGUCACCGCUUCGGAGCAAGAGGCGCUGGUUAAGCCAAAGCCACUAUUGUUGAAGUUGUUAAAGUUAGCUGGUGCAGAAAAGGACACUUUUACUAUGAAGGAGGUAAUAUUCUAUCUUGGACAAUAUAUUAUGUCUAAACAAUUGUAUGAUGAAAAACAGCAACAUAUUGUACACUGUGCAAAUGAUCUCCUGGGGGAUUUAUUUGGAGUAACAAGCUUUUCAGUAAAAGAACACAGGAGAGUAUAUUCAAUGAUUUCCAGAAAUCUGAUAGCAAUCAAUCAACAAGACUCUACGCUUGCUGACCCACCUGAGGAUGAUGCCACAUUUCAGCUUGAAGAAGAAAAUGUUCUAAAGGAAUCUAUGCAAGAAUUAGAGGAGAAGCAGACUUCAUCAAACAUGACUUCCCGACCAACUACAUCUUCUAGGAGGAGAACACACAGUGAAUCUGAAGAAAAUUCUUCAGAUGAUCUGCACAGUGACAGAAGAAAACGACACAAAUCAGACAGCAUUUCAUUGACGUUUGAUGAAAGUCUCUCAUGGUGUGUAGUCAGUGGUCUGUGCCGUGAAAGAAGCAAUAGCAGUGAUUCAACAGAUUCUCUUUCCAUUCCUGAUCUUGAUGCCAGUUCAUUAAGCGAAAACUCUGACUGGUUUGACCACGGUUCUGUUUCAGACCAGUUCAGUGUAGAGUUUGAAGUGGAGUCUAUUUAUUCAGAAGAUUAUAGCCAUAAUGAAGAAGGACAGGAGCUCACAGAUGAAGAUGAUGAGGUAUAUCAGCUGACUAUUUACCAGGAUGAAGACAGUGAUGCUGAUUCAUUUGAUGAAGAUCCAGAGAUUUCUCUAGCUGAUUAUUGGAAGUGUCCUGAAUGUAGCGAAAUGAAUCCUCCGCUUCCACGACAUUGCCACAGAUGCUGGGCCCUUCGUGAGGACUGGCUUCCAGAUGAAAAGAGUGACAAAUUGGAAAAGAACAAAUUAGAAAGUUCCUUCCCUCUGGAGUCUGAAGAAGGUUUUGAUGUUCCUGACUGCAAGAAAGUGAAAAUGACUGAAGAUAAAGAACCAGCUGUGGAGGAGAAUGAGGAUAAAGCAGUACAAAUUUCUGAGUCCCAGGAAAGUGAAGAUUAUUCCCAGCCAUCAACAUCAAGCAGCAUGUUUUGUAGCAGUCAGGAGGACUAUAAGGAACCCGAGAAGAGAGAAAUACAAGAAAAAGAGGAAAGCAUGGAAUCUGGUCUACCCAUUACCAGCAUAGAGCCCUGUGUCAUAUGUCAGAGCAGACCUAAAAACGGCUGCAUAGUACAUGGCAAAACGGGACACCUCAUGUCAUGUUUCACAUGUGCAAGAAAACUUAAGAAGAGGAACAAACCGUGUCCGGUGUGCAGACAGCCCAUACAAAUGAUUGUACUAACUUAUUUUAGUUAGAUGGAUGGCGACAGGAAAGCAGCAAAAAGAACUUCAUAAACUGGUUAAGAGAGUAAAACUAUUUUUGUAUGCUUAUUGGAAAAUUAAUAUUUUGAGUCUCUUUACAUUUGAUGUGAAAAGUAAUUGCUGACAUAAAUGCACUGG